GUUGCCUCUGCUGUGAGAGGUUGACACGGCGGCAGAUUCCAUCGACUGAACGGAGUCUUUCUCCUGGAUCACCGGGGCUGCCCCAGGACUUUGACUUUAACAGAAUGGGAAAUCUUCUGCUUAUUGCCGGUGUCUUCAGGACUGAUCCCACUAUGACUGUGAAUGCCACAAAUGGAGGGACUUUCACAACCAGGAGGAUCAGAAAUCGUAUUACUUAUUAUUAUGCUGCCUCUUCAGAAGCAGGAGCAGGGCUUAAGACAUUAUGUCCUUCCAAAGACUGUCCCACAUCCCCUUCUCUUUGCUCCUCUUCUGCAGAUCCUUCCACUUCUCCAUUGCUCUCAGAUUCACCUUCACACACACCUGUCUCCCCCUCAGUCCAAUCAGAUUCCGCCCCAACCACCCGCCCUCUUGUUCUCUUCUUCUCCUGGCUUGGGGCCCAGCCAGGGGCGGUGGCCAAAUACAGAGACCUUUACCUGCAGCGAGGUAUGGAUGUCCUCUUAGUCCAGAGCAGUGUCAUGCACUUUCUGUGGCCCAGAUGGGGGCUGGAAUAUGGGUCAGAGGUGUUGAAGGUUCUGGAGGAGCCCCAGUUCUUAGAUAGACCUGUGCUGGUUCACUCAGCCUCAAUCGGUGGCUACACUUUCACCCAGAUCCUUACCCACAUCGCACAAGAACCAGAAAAACAUGCAGGCCUGGCCCAAAGAAUGAUAGGACACAUCUAUGACAGCCUGGUGGUCGGUACGCUAGAGCACAUGGCGGUAGGUCUUGGAAAGACCCUGGUCCCACGUUUAGAGACCCUUAUCAAAAACGCCGCCAUGCUCUAUUUCUGGCUCUUCAAACGCCACACAGCAGACUUCUACAACAGCAGCAUAAAGGUUUUCCACAACAGCCCCAUCACUACACCAGCACUCUUUUUCUACAGCGAGAACGAUGCCCUGUGCAACCCGCUUGCCAUGGAAAACUGCAUCGACCUCUGGAGGAAGAGGGGCAUGACUGUGGAGAGCAGGAAGUGGAAAGAGUCCAUACAUGCAGCCCAUAUGCGAUGCCACCCUGAAGACUAUGUAUCAACGUUGCAGAAAUACUUGAAUGCACUGCACAUUUCCUCUCUCAAAGUAAAAAUGUAAACGUUAGAGGACACAAAAUUCUACUUUGACUGAAUUUUAAACUGCAAAAUGCUUUAAUAUUAUGAAGAAAAGACUUUGAUCUUGCAACUGUAUUUAACUAAGACCACAUUCAACCCCUUUUAUGCACUCUUAUUUAUUUGUUGAUCCCAUUUUAACUGAGGUAACAGUUUAAAUUAUUUCAUGUAUUUAUCCAAUUACUGUUGAGGUACUAUCCUGUGAUGCUUGUUUGCACAGGUGCUUGCUGAUGAAAUGUUUUUGCACUUGUUACUAAAAAUAUCUGGAGUUAACUUGAAAUAAA